AUGGCAACACCGACUACGCGUUAUGUCUCUAGACAGAUGACUAUUUUGCUAUUGAUUCUCAUUACUUUUAUCGAGUCAAGCUACGCACAUGGGCCUUUUGAACUAUUCUCAAGAGACUCAAACUGCCCAAGCUCGUAUAAAUCAUGUAGCAGCAAGUUGCCGGACACAUUCUGCUGCCCUUCUUCCUCCACAUGUAUAUCCCUGGACGAUGACAGCUCGGCCAUCUGCUGUCCAUCCGGCUCUACCUGCGACUACAUCUCACCGAUAAUAUGUGAUAUCCAGGAGCAGAAUGUGACUGCCCAUCCCAAAAGCCCUAUCCACACUACGAAGCUGGGCGACUCUCUUACGACAUGUGGAGACGCCUGCUGUCCAUUCGGAUACACCUGCCAAGGUGAAAGUACCUGUGUCUUGAACAAAAAGACUUCAAGCACACAAACAACCACAGAAGCGACCUCAAAAACAACCUCAACAGGGAUCAUUGGUGCGACUUUCGUUCCGAUUUCUGCGCCUUCAGUCUCCGCCUCUGAAAAUUCAACAAACUCAAGUACCAUCACCUCCUGCCCAUCAUUCCCAAGCAAAGCUGUAGCAGCAGGCUUUUUCCCAGGGGCUAUCUUCGGUGUCAUUCUCGCCCUCCUAAUCUCCACGUGUCUUCGUCGCCGUGCCUUGAAGAAAGAACUUCAAGAGAAAGAUCCAAACCAGACACACCACUGGUCCCAACGACUGCGUAUUUCCAACCCAAUAUCGUCAGAAGAUACCUCCUACCGCUCGGACUUCCUCCUCCGCCCAUUUAUCCUCCGUCCAACACCGACCAGACGCAGUUCACUCGGGGGAAGAUCCUCUCACUCUGUGCGAACCCGAGUGCGAAGUCUUUUCUCUGGAAUCCCAGAGCUGGAUAAACAGGUCCCACCGCUUCCUAUGGCUGCAAACCCUGUUACACCCCCUCGACAGCGCCAACCCAGCACUGAGAGUAUCAAGGUGUACACCCCGCCUGGAGCAGCAUUCGCGCAGUCACGAAAGUUUCUCGGGCCCGAGCCGUAUCCUAGUUCCAUUGCUCGACCGGAUACAACCUUCUCAGACUUUAUGCAGCUGGGCAAGACUCAAGACAGCGGAAAGAAUGAAAAAAAGCCUCCUCCUACGGUCAAGGUGACGGAGGCGUCUAUUUGA